AAAUAACAAAUAGCAAAAAAGAAAAGAAAAGAAAAGAAAAGGGAGAGAUCCGUGAUGCCCAAACGAUUCGCUAUUCCACGCGUCACUGUCUGCGACUAAAAUCACGCGCUUCGCUGUUUACCGACUUUUACUCUCUUCUCAUAUCUUCCUCUCUUGUCUCCACUAUAAAAUCUCGUGGUUCCCUUCUUCCUUUUCUGCACCGAUACUCCCACGCUAAUUUCGAAACUGCCACUGAUUAUUUAAUCAACGUACCAUCUAAACCGAGUAAUUAACCAUAACCGGUUAAGUAAUGGACGGUUUUCCAACUGAUGAGGAGAGGCUAACUCGGCGUGACUCGGUUGGGAAGAAGCGAGUCAGAGACGAGUUGGAUGAGUUAGUUAUCAACUCGCCCGACGUAAAGCGGCUGAGAGACGAUUUGUUUGAUGACUCGGGUCAUGACCCAGCCACUCAAGAUCUCGACUCGUUGAUGAAGAGCUUCGAAGACGAGUUGACGAACACGACGGCGCAACACUCCGGCGAGACUCAGCCGGAUCUCGGAUAUCUUUUCGAAGCUUCCGACGACGAGCUGGGUUUGCCUCCACCGCAACCGUCAACGCUUCUUCCUCCGUCGUCUGGGGAAACAAAGGAGACGGAGUUAGUACGAGCGUCGUCGGAUUCAUCAGGAGUCGGCGAGUUACGUGGAAUUGAGGAGCCUGUUCCGGGUUUUGGAUCUUUCGAGCUGGAUGAUGGGCUGUUCGAAUAUUCCGAUGUUUCUUUAGAUUCCGGUGACCUGUUUUCAUGGCGGCCGGAAACUCUACCGGCGGAGUAACAAUGUUCCGGAGUUUUUUUUAAAAGCGGGAGCUGAAACGGUGGCGUUUAAACUCGCUUAGUGAUAUAAGAUCUCUAAAUUAUUGUAAGAUUUUAGGAUUAGAGAAAUCAAAGGCUUAGUGUGGGUUAAUGGCUUAGACUGGUAGUUCAUACCCGUCCUCUUUUUCCAGGAUCUGUUCUGUUGAUCUUGAAUCAUCUUCAUCCUGUGUGUUAGCUUUUGUUAAUGUUAAAGCUAAACUAUUAUCAAGAGUUUAAUCCCAGAUAUUAGAAUCUGUGUAUAAGUAAAUGUUCAUAUUAGAUCUUUUUGUUUAUC